CACACAGCAGCACCAAAUCAUCAGCAAUUUUUUAACAACAUCAUCAUCAUAUCUAUCAAUAUCUAUUAACAAUAACAAAAGUACUCCAUAAUAAUAAAUAAUAAUUGCAUUAUUGAGUUUUAUUUACCAACAAACAUAAUGGCAAAUUUAGAAUCAUCUGUUUUAAUGGGAGCUCUUGAAGAAGCAUCACAAAAAAUGAACAGAUUGACAACUGAAGAAUUAAAAGAUGUUCUAAAUGACGAUGAAAAAAUUGAAACAAUCAUUGCUGACAUGAAAUUUUCAAAUUUUAAACACUUGGAUAAUGAAAAAGAAAAAUUAAUGGCAAGCAAUAGAUCACUUGCUGAGGUAAAUUUAGCAAAACAGCCACAGUUGGAAGAAGGAAAAAGAUCAAUAAGUGAACUGAUUGAAAAAGGCAUUGAAUUAGGUGAAAAUACUCGUCAAAAACGUGAAUUAUUAAAGGAAAAAUCUGGAUCUAUGUCUGUUGAGUCAGCACUUGAACUUUUACAAUCAGCUGCUGCUGAACUUGAAGAAGAAACAGAGAAAUUAGCUGAAACAUUUCUUUCUGGUGAAUAUGCUGUUGAUGAAUUUCUUGAGAAAUUUUUAAUUAGAAAAAAAUUAGUCCAUUUGAGAAAAGUAAAAAUUGAUAAAAUGCGUGAAUUAAUGAGAAAAUCAACAAUGAAAACAACAACAACACCUGGUUAUCCAACAAGUAAUUAUCCUGGCAUGGCACCUGGUGCUGUUCCAUAUCCACUUGGUGACAUUGGUAUGCCAAUGCCAAUUCCUCCAUCAUACAGACCAUUUUAAAAA